GAAAUCUAACUCUUAUAAUAAUGUUUCAAAGGUGGAGAGUCUGAUGCUGAUUGGCUGAUGCUCCAUGGAAAUCUCAGCAGCAUGUCCUAUAUAUUGCCAGAGAUGAGGGGGACCAGCUUGUUUCCACUGCAAAAAUGGGCUCCACCAUCUUCCCACUCUGCCUGACACUUCUGCUAUGUUCUGUCUAUGGUUCUCCAGUCUCUGUGGGACACCUCUCCAGUGAAGCUGAUGCUGGAGCUGGUGAGGUAUUCAAAGACAUUCCCCAAAUCAACUCGGCUGCUGGACUGGACCUCUUUGAGGGUGAUAUCUUGCUCCCUAAAAAUCAGCGAAAUGCCUUAAGAAAUGAGACCUACAGAUGGAAGUUCCCUAUUCCCUAUAUUCUGGGUGAUGACCUAGACCUGAAUGCCAAAGGAGUCAUUCUCCAGGCAUUUGAAAUGUUCCGCCUGAAGUCCUGCAUUGAUUUCAAGCCAUAUGAAGGAGAAAGAACCUACAUUUUCUUUAGCAAACAAAAUGGGUGUUGGUCCAUGGUGGGGGACCUGCAGACUGGACAAAACCUCUCCAUUGGGUCAGGGUGUGACUACAGAGCAAUUGUGGAACAUGAGAUCCUGCAUGCUUUAGGAUUUUACCAUGAGCAGUCGAGGAUGGACCGGGAUGACUAUGUGAAUAUCUGGUGGGAUGAAAUUGAAGAAGGCAAAGAGCACAAUUUUGCAAAGUAUGAUGACACCUACAUCACUGACCUGAACACCCCCUAUGACUACGAAUCAUUGAUGCACUAUGAACCAUUUUCAUUUAACAAAAAUGCAAGCAUCCCCACCAUCACAGCAAAGAUACCAGCGUUUGAUGACAUCAUUGGACAACGUCUAGACCUCAGUGCCAUUGACCUGGAAAGACUAAAUCGCAUGUACAACUGCACUUCAACUCACACCUUUUUGGACCAGUGCUCUUUUGAGCUUGAAAACAUCUGUGGUAUGAUCCAGGGCACCAACCAUGACCAAGACUGGGUCCACCAGCAGGGCAGCAUGACAGGGCAGGAGGACCACACAUUUUCUGGGCGCUGUAGAGAUGCUGGCUACUUCAUGUACUUCAACACCAAUUCUGGCCAGGCAGGUGAGGUGGCAAUCCUAGAGUCCCGAAUCCUUUAUCCAAGGAGAACCCAGCAGUGCCUCCAGUUCUUCUAUAGGACCACUGGAAGCCCUUCUGACAAGCUGAUCAUCUGGCUUAAAGAGGAUGAUGGCACUGGGAACAUUCGCAAAAUGAGGAAAAUUCAAACCUUUCAAGCGGACAGUGACUCCAACUGGAAAAUUGCCCACGUAACCCUCAAUGCUCAGAAGAAAUUUCGUUACCUCUUCCAAGGGCUGAAGGGCAGCCCCAGCUCUUCAUUGGGUGGCAUUGCCAUUGAUGAUGUGACUCUGACAGAGAUGCCCUGUCCCACAGCUGUGUGGGUCAUUCGCAACUUCAGCAAAAUCCUUGAGAACUCGUCCAUCAGCCUUAUUGAAAGCCCCCGGUUCUACAGCCCUGAGGGUUAUGGAUUUGGCAUCAGCGUGUUGCCCAACUACCAAAACAGUGGCUAUGCUCGUGUUGCCUUCCACCUGUGCAGUGGAGAGAACGAUGCAGUCCUGGAGUGGCCGGCUCUGAACCGCCAGGCCACUCUCACCGUGCUGGACCAGGACCCCGACGCCCUGAAAAGGAUGUCCUCCAGCAAAAGCUUCACCACAAGCAAGGACCACGUUGACUUAGAGAGUGGAACUAUAAUAUGGGAUAAACCAUCAAUUGCUGGAAGAUUUGAUGAGUCAUGCAAUUGCAACAGAAGUGUAAACUGGGGGUGGAAUAACUUCAUAUCCCACAGCCAGCUGAGACGGAGGAGCUUCCUGAAAAAUGAUGACCUGAUUAUUUUUGCAGAAUUUAAUGAUAUAAUUCACCUCAAUAACACUGAAGUUCCUGUUGGACCUGUGCAAUCUGCCCUCAUGGAAGGCCUGGUUCUGGAAAGGCAGAAGAGAGCAGCCCAGGACGUGGAGCCUGUUCAAGAGCAGCUGCUUUAUCUGCCAGACCCGUGUGACCCAAACCCUUGUCAGAAUGAUGGAGUCUGUGUGAAUGUGAAAGGAAAAGCAAGCUGCAGGUGCCCAUCAGGACAAGCUUUCUUCUUCACUGGUGAGAGGUGUCAAUCAAGGCAGAUCCAUGGGAACAUCCUGGGAAUGUCAAUUGGUGGAAUUGCUGGAACCAUUGUCUUAACUAUCGUCCUCAUUUCCAUGAUGGCUAGAAAAUAAAAAACUGCAGGGGGGACAAAUUUCAACCUGGUUCAUAAGAUACCCAUUUUCAGUGAAAAACGAUGAAUAUAAAUUGGAGAAAACCAGCCAUCAUAUGGAUGAAAAGCUCUGCCAACAGCUUGGCAGCAAUCUAUUUUUUUCUGAGGGAUGUGGCAGUUAAAGUGUGUCAUGUAGAGCUGUUUGAUGAAAAUUCAUACACUGCCUUUCUUAUGUGUUUUUUGAAAGUUUUGUUUCUUCAUCCCACAGCAAGCAGCAGUGCUGACAGCCUAUGCAUUUACUCUCAGCCAUGGUUCAAACUUAGAUUAAAUAACCAGUUGAGCCUCUCAAAACACUGUUAAAAAUCACAGCAAAACACAUGUAUUAAGAUUCUGGAAAUGCUCCUAAAGAGAAUUCUAAAGGGUACAGAUACUUAUGUAAGUCAGUAUAUCAUCAUUCACUUUCCCUGGGGCUGUGCUGGUUUACUUACACUAAUUAGCUAUUAGACAGAAUUAAUAAAUUCUUGCCCAUACCACCUUGUCAUACCAAACCAUCAUAAGUGCUUCUAACUGUAGAGAACAGUUUCCCAUCCAGAUUCACCCCAAAGUUCCAGGAACAGGUUCACCAUUGGCAAACACAG